AUGACGAACCAAUGCCAACCUCGUGCCAAACGAAAGGCCGUCCCACCAGCACGGUCAAUAUUCCAGGAGCCUUCACAGUGCGUAAAAGAAGAAUCAUCUGAAUCAAGCCACGAGAGCUCUAUUUAUGAUGCCAUUCGAACAAGCUCUUUGAACGAUGUCAACGCCUGUGGUCCUAGUUCAAUUGACGAGCCGAACACGUUGGACAGCAGGAUGGCAGCGAACAUCGCCAUGCUUCUUCCUCUGACACCCGAACAGACUGCUCAUAACCCGCCGUUGCAUAGACAAGAUUACAGUCAAAACCUGGAAGAUAAUUCUUGCAGACGCCAUGCGUAUUUGCUCUCCGACAGCUUUACUCCGAAACCACCGCCAACUAAACAGGCUCGACAGCGGGAAGUGAGCAGUCUCAACGAUGUUUAUCGCCGACCGACGACCCCAAAAUGGUCAAAAGAUCUAUUUUCGCCUGCAAAGCCGGUUUUACCAAGAUAUCCCCCUCCGGUCAGGUCCCCGACACCUCCCGGCCUUCCAUCGUUUGGCACCCAGGAGGCCAUUGGCUACUCCGCCCAAUUCCCUGUACAAUCCUCUGCAGUUGAUAGACAGCCUCAGCUGCAUGAUCGUUUCUACCGUAACCAAAAUUCUCGUCGUCAGACUGCACAGGACACCGGUACUCUAUCUUACGGGGAGCGAUGGCGAAGGCGCCUUGGUUUCACCUCCAUUCCUCCCUCCUCCCAGCCAAAUCAACAAAUAUGUACCGUUGCAAGAGCGGCCGAUGGUACUGCUGUCCUGGGACGGUUCCCGUACAGGCAAAGCGGACAUGGCAUGAAUGCCGCAAGGCGGUUGGACGAGCAUCCUUUCCAUCGAAGGACUCUUACAACGGCUCAGUGCGAUGGCAUCAACGCGGAGGAUAACACAAUUCGUGAGGAUGCACGAUCAAAUGUUGGCGUAGAUAACCCGAACAAAAGGAUUUCCGUGGCAUCGAGUGCAGACUCGAGUACAGGGAAUCAUGAGCUUCAAAAUGCACUAUCGCGGCCGCGCAAUGCUGUCCUUCGCCCGCCCCGAAGACCAAUAUCCAUGAACACUUUCCGCAAUGUCUCCAGGCGUGCAUCACAUCAAACUUGUGACGGCCAGUUGAACGCACCUGAAGCGCCCGGAGAGACCCCCGGAACAGGCUUGCAGGUUCAUAGCAGAACCAGUGACUCUGCUGGAUGUCUUCUCGCAUCGACACAGGCGUCGAUGAUAAGUAGCGUGCAACAAUUGGAUGUUGGAGGGGAGGAAAAGCCCGUUACUUGGUUACAACAGGUGAAAACAAGCGCUUCUUGCUUUUCUUGUUGCCUGCGACUGGGCAACGAGUCUGAUACCGUGACGGAUUCUAACACAUGCUCUCAUGACACAUAUACUACAGCCAGAAGCCGAGUAAUCGAUGAGAGUACAACAGAGCAACCGCAUAACCAAGUUGGUAUGGGCUCAAAGCCUCAACAGUUCCUGCGAUGGUGCGCAGAUACAUGGAAAUCGCUUCGGGGUCUGGCUUUUCGCAACUUCCUUGUCACGGAACCUAUGCUCGGUUAG